AUGCUGCUCCCGCUGCUGCUCCUCCCCUGGGCAUGGGGGUCCCUGGCCGGGUCUCUCACCCUCCAGCUGCUCAAAACCACUGUCUUCCACAAUGCCAGUUCUAGGACCAUGGAGGGGUUGGCCCUGCUCAGGGACCUGAGGACCCACGCCAUGGAUUGCAGCACCUGCAAGAUCCGCUUCCUGCAGCCCUGGGCCCACCAGGGCCUCACUCCGAAGCAGUGGCAGGGCCUGGAGACAGUGCUCCAUGACUAUCUGUCCAAAUUCUUCCCUCUCAUUAACAAAGUGGUUAAGGAUGAAGACGAGCACUACCCCUUUGUCCUUCAGGCCUCCAUCGGCUGCGAGCUCCACCCCAAUGGCACCUCACGGCAGUUCUGCGAUGCCGCGGUGAACGGGAAGGAUUUCAUCAGCUUCAGCGUGGACGAGGGCACCUGGGUCGCUCGGCACAGGCAUAAGCUGGCCCUCAUCUCACGAGACUUUCUUAAUCAGGAUAAGAGCGCGACUGCCAUGGCUCAGUUUCUCCUGAGAACAACGUGUAUCAAUGAACUCAAGAGCUUUGUCCAGUACGGGAAAGAGUCUCUGGAGAGACAAGAGAAGCCGGUCGCUGUGGUGUUUGCCCGAGCACCUCCCCCAUCUGGGACCCCCGCACUGGUACUGCUGGUUUGCCGGGUCACCAGUUUCUACCCCCGUCCUGUCCGUGUGGCCUGGCUGCAGGACGGGGAGGAGGUGGCAGCGGGCUGGAGGUUGAACUCCAGCGGGAUCCUGCCCAACGCGGACCUGACCUACCAGCUGCGCAGCUCCCUGGCUGUGGGGCCAGGUGACGGGCACAGCUAUGCCUGCCGGGUGCAGCACAGCAGCCUAGGGGGCCAGAGCCUGCUGCUCCCCUGGGGGCACAGCAGGCCCUGGGGCCCCGGCCUGGCCGUGGGCAUCACCCUGGGGGCUCUGGCCAUAGCUGCCGUGGUUGUGGUGCUGUGGUGGAGAAUACGCAGGGGCCACCCAGACGUCAGAACAGGAGAGCCCAGAGCCUGA